GAUCCCUCCGUCAUUCUUCUCAAGACGUGACACGGUGUGACCUGACGAAUGCCAUUGAAUCCCAGCCAGAGAACGACAGUCGCCGGAUAUCAACUCGGCUGGAACCUGAGCAGGUCUCGCACUGGCCUGAGCCAGUCUCGCACCGGCUAGAGCCACCCUCGCACCAACCUGGACCAGACUCACACGUACUUGAACCAGUCUCACACCGUCCUGAUUCAAUCUUCAUCGUGAGAGAAACCCCCAAACUGGACAUUCUGCCCUUCGAUGGAAAGUACAGCCGCUAUCCAUUUUUCAAGCUUCAAGUCGAUGAAGCCAUGAGAUCCGGCCAGUUCACCGACCUGCAGAUAAUUCGUCAUCUGCGGGACAGACUCAAGGGGCCGGCCUUUGAAGCGGUACAUGGAGCUCUCCUGUCUGGGUGUCCUCUGCUGAGGAUUAUGCACGCGCUCGAGUCUCGCUUCGGGAACCGCCUGCAAGUGACGAACGCCGUAACGACUCAGCUCCUGAACUUCGACACGAUACGAUCGAGCAGGGCUGGUAAAAAGCGCCGAUCCGCUGAUAAUAUCGGAGCCAGAACAAUAGCUGUACAAGCUAUUUAGGGAGCCAGAAAUAAGCGUUUCAACGCAAGUAUGCAUGUGCAGGAUUACUGUCAAGUUUUGUUUCAUAUUUUCAUUUUAUUUCUACGACAAACCUUUAAAUACAAGAUGCCUGAGCACCAAUAUUAAAUUAGUAGCAGCAUUCAAUUUCCCAAUGAGAUCUUAUGCGCAAUGUUUGUCUACAAAGUACAAAGCUGGUAGCCUAUUCAGAAUAGCUGUAAAUGCUUACCGCGAACAGCGUUAGCAUUCAUCAGUCGAAGAGCCAUCAGUCGAUUUCCAGCUUUAACACUACGGAGAAUAGGGCUCCGUAACUUUUAUCAGUUGAUGAGGACCUAGUGUUGAGGGAACGGGGAGCCACAGAGCCUUCUGCCAUUGGCGGUUCACUGUAUUACCGACUAGUUUAGAACACAAAUAAUGAUAUUCAAGUGGCCUUUUCAUUUUUAUCAAUGCAGGGCAUGCAGGGUUGCGGCUGGUUGCGGCACGGGCAAACUGUACAUUUCAUGUUCUCAGCCUAGGACAUCAUCAAUCAUGUGUAUCUCAGAUGAUGCAGACAAUGACCAGCCUGCGGAAGAUCUAUGCUAGUGGGUGAGAUGAUGAAAUUUCCUCUGUUGGUGAGUCAGUAUUAUUUUUUUUGUCAACAACAUUCAUUGCCUUACAUGCAUUUGUGCCUUACAUUUCUGUCACCAACCAGCUUAAACAAAAGUAGAAGAAAUUAUAUACCUACCUACAUUCUUUUGCUGUGUUUGACACCAGGCGAUGUCCUAAAAUCAGGAUACAUCAGUGAGCUAUAAGUAAAACUAAAAUAGUUACUGAUGAUGUUUAAGGUGUCUGGUGUUCCUGAAAAAGGACGUUGUUCACCGCACUUUCAAGCCUCUUCUGUUACGCGUGUUAGGAGCCACUUUUCAUGGCCGAAAAUUUGGUCAGAGCCACCAAAACCAUUUUUACCAGCCCUGCGAUCGAGCGACACAGAACUGCUCUCUCAGUUCGGCACGGCAGUGUAUAACGCUAUAUCAACUCUUCAAGCAGUCGGCUUUGAGAGCGAGUUGGACAACUUGCGCACGCUGCAGUUGUUGACGGGAAAGCUGCCACUGGAGAGCAAGCAAGCUUGGGGCGCCUACGCUCGGCGCCGAUGUGAAGACGGGAGGAAGCUGUCGUGCGGUCUUUUCCACGAGUUUCUGGAAGAGCACAUAAAGGAUCGACAGUAUGGCGUCAUCGGCAGCAGCCUGUAAUGCCAUCCGUCACAUGAUGUCAAGAACCGCUCCGGCAGUCGCGGACGCACGAGCAGACGCGACCGUCACGAGCACCAACGAGAACGCCAUGGCUACCAUGGGGCCGGCAGGACGAGCCGCCCACCUGCCGAGCCUCCCACCUCUGUGUACGCAGCCAACGGAUCUGCCCAGGGAACCCAGGGAGCCACAGCGCGUCGACCAGUGGCCUGUUUCUACUGUGGCCAAAAUCACUAUAUAGCUCGCUGCGAACAGUUCCAGAGACUGACACCGAAAGACAGACUGUCGUGGGUUAAUACGAAGAAAGCCUGCGUCCGCUGUCUCAACACAUCCCACCAGUCAUCUGACUGUCACCGAACAGGACCGUGUGGCAUAGAAAACUGCACGCAACAUCAUCAUCGACUUCUACACCCGGCUCAAGGAAGCACGACUGUGAUCAACGCGGCGAAGGAUGGACACACGUCCAUUCUGAUGAAAACGGUCGUCAUCGAAGUCUCCGGCUCCACAAAACGAAGGUGUGUCGCCUUCCUGGACGAGGGAAGCUCAGUCACGCUCAUGACUGAUAAGCUGGCACAGGAACUGGGACUUCACGGGAAGCGUCAAAAUCUGCGCAUCAAGACAAUGUCUGGACUGACUUCAGUCAACUCGUGUGAACUCACCCAGGUGACCAUCGAGAACAUCCAUACCGGUUCAACACACCUGCUGGAUAAGGUGGCUACUGUUCCCGAGCUGCAAAUAGACAAGAAUCCCGUGACGGCAAAACAGCUGAAGCGCAUGUUUCCCGAGAUCGAAGAAAUUGGGAUCAAACAGCUGGAUGAGCCGCCUCAGAUGCUGAUUGGCCUUGACCACGCGGAGCUCAUCGCCACUCAGAAGAUCAUCAAGACGUCGAAGAAUGGUCCUCUGCUCCAGGAAACGAAACUGGGAUGGACCAUAACUGGGCGCGUCAUCGCUACGGAAGACACCGAGACAGAGUGCGUAAACUUUCUGAACAAAUCUCUGAACAUGUAUCGGGACGACAGCGCUGGCAGCGCCGCCUACUCAACCGACAGCGACUGCAGCGACAUCUGCACGGCUGGGAGUGCUGGCGAUCUGAGCGACAUCUGGAGAACAGAGCACUUUGGCUGCAAGUAUGGCUUCAGUAAGCCGCACAGCCCAGAUGACAGGAAAGCGGAAACGAUGCUACAAGAAGGGGCAAAAUACGACGGAACAAGAUGGACAGCCCCGCUUCUGCUAAAAAACGAAGAUGAGAAGAUGCCUGAAAGCCGAACGAUGGCAGAACAGAGAGCCAUUGCCUUGGAAAAACGACUGGAUCGCUCUCAGCAAAAGAAAAACGGCAAAACACCAAGUCUCGCCGAGCUGGUGUACGAAAAAAUGGAGAGAAUGGUAUCAGACGGCCAUUUUCGAAAGCUGAGUGAAAAUGAAGCCCAAGAAGGACACAAGAAUGUCUGGUAUCUCCCACUGCUCGCGGUGCAAAAUCAGAAGAAGCCGAACAAGGUGCGCCUAGUGCUAGACGCUGCCGCGAAGAGCAAUGGCAAGAGCUUGAAUGACUUUCUUCUCCAAGGGCCAGACCACAUGAACUCUAUACCGGGGAUUCUGUGCCGCUGGCGGGAGAAAAGAGUAGCAGUGACCUCUGACGUCAUAGCUAUGUUCAGUCAGAUCAAAGUGCGAGAAGAAGACCGACCACUUCUGAGAUUUCUGUGGCGGGGCUCACGUCGCACGGGCCGAUUUGAUGUGUACGAGUCUCCGGUGGUUAUUUUCGGUGCCACCUGCUCACCAAGUAUCGCUGAGCACUGCUUCCGGCGCACGGCGGACGAAUUCACCGAAGACGAGGCAGUGAAGACAGCCGUACGAGAGGACACCUACGUGGACGAUAUUGUCACCGGUACAGACACCGAACACGAGGCAGUGAAACUGAUUGACAGCGUCACAGAAACACUCAAGAAAGGAGGCUUCAAGCUGGGCCCGUGGGCCUCAAACUCUGAAGAAGUCCUCCACACCGUCCAACAGGAGCAAGAACAGCAAGACAGUCGGCUGCAAAGAACGUUAGGAGUCGGCUGGGAAGCUCGCCUCGACACUCUAACCUAUGAGCCAAUGGCUCCGCCGGAACAGCUAACGAAGAGAACACUUCAUCGACAAUGAUGUCGGUGUACGAUCCGAUUGGAUUCUUGACAGGAUUCCUCCUGAGUGCGAAGGAGCUGUUGCAAGUCCUGUGGAAGUCAAGCGUCAAAUGGGACCAAGAACUACCGAGUGAAGUCCAGCAGAAGAUGAAGAUGUGGAUGGAUGAGCUGACGCAGACGAGAGAUCUACACAUCCCACGUCACAUCUUUCGUCAGGAGGCCGGCAUCUCUUCUGUCGAUCUGCACGCGUUCUGCGACGCAAGCGAGAUGGGGUUCUGUGCAGUGCUAUACUAUCGAUGGAUCGACUCGACUGGCUGCAUUCAAGUGAGCUUUAUCUCUGCUCAUUCUCGCGUUGCUCCCGUGAAGAAAAUGUCUAUCCCAAGACUCGAGCUUCAAGCUGCCGUCCUGGCCAGCAGAAUGAUAGCCUUCAUCAGAAAAGAAACACGGACCGGCAUCAAGUCGACAACAUGUUGGUCGGAUUCGAAGAACGUGCUUGCUUGGCUGCGCAGCACGAACGGAAGAUACAGUGUAUUUGUCGCAAAUCGUAUUGCGGAAAUACAUGACGUCACGGGGCCGGCUGACUGGCGUUACGUGCCGACGGCGAUGAACGCCGCAGACUCUGGCUCCAGAGGCCACAAAAUCGAAGAUUUGUGUCCUGACAAGGAGUGGAUUCGAGGGCUAGAGUUCCUCUACAAACCGGAGACAGACUGGCCAGAUGACUGCUCAGAUGCAGGCAUCGGUAAAAUCCUUUUUGAAAGGAUUGCAUUCCCAAUCCACAUUCCUAGUUCCGAAGUGGAUUGUAUUUGUAUUUGUAUUUGUAUUUAUUUUGAAGAGCACUCCACAGCAACAGUGGCUUUUCAAGCUCCGAGUCAGAGAAUAGGGUAGAUACCAGAUGUGUACAAAACAAUUAGUCAUCCAACCGAAACAUACCAAGUCACACACACACACGCACACACACUGAGUCAGACGACCUUACUUCAGUUUAAAGACAGCGUCCGGCUCCGCAUCUGUCGCUUCAGGGCUCGUUGGAAGCGUUUCCCUCUGAGGGAAACGGUCUCAGGUGGCAGCUGGUUGUGAAGCCUCGGGGCUCUCGCACAGAAACGCCGUUUCCCCGCCUCGGUUCUUGACCGUGGUACAUGAAGAUGACUGUCCUGCCUGGUCGUGCGCUCACGUACGUCCGAGUUCGAGCGGAGGACGGCCGCGAGGGAGACUGGCUCGCCACUCGAGAGCAGUUUCUGCGUGAGGCAGAGCGUACUGUACUCAGCGAGUUGCUGAGCCCCCAGCCAGCCCAGGUUCUCCAGCAGGUCACUCGCAUGGUCAAAUUUUCUCCGGCCGAAAAUAACUUUUGCUGCAAAGUUAAGGAUUUUUUGGAUUCUAGCUGUGUUCUUUUUUGAGCCGUUGCCAUAAACUGAUAUGCAAUAGCGAACCUGCGAGAGAACCAGGGCUGUCACAAGAGAGACGAAUAUGCCCCGGGGCACGACGUGUCGUACCUGUGAGAGACCGAUGAGGGUCCCAGUGCAGCGGCGGCUGACGGCACCCACGUGACAGUCCCAGGACAUGUUUGAGUCGAAAGUCACACCCAGAUUUUUCACCUCGUUACAAGGCACGAGAUUUGUGUCACGGAAGGCGACUGUGAAAUUUGGUAGUUUGCGCAAAUUUUGACGGUUUCCAAGAGCAAUGAGUUGAGUUUUGUUCGCGUUGACCUUGAGGGCGUUCGCGCAGAACCAGUUAUCCAAAGAUGCGAGGGAAUUUUCCAUUCGAGAGAUGAGCGCCGAAAGUUCGCUCUUUUUGCCUGAGACCAUCACCUGGGUGUCGUCAGCGUACUGCAGAACCUUGGCAUCGUUUGCAUGGAGUGACAGGUCGUUUGAGAACACCGUAAACAGCAAUGGCCCCAGGGCAGAGCCCUGGAACACGCCCAUAGAGUUGGGGAGCGGGGGCGAGACACGCUGGGCGCCGGCGCAGUCACGCAGAGUCACGCUCUGAGUGUGACCGCUCAGGUAGGCCGCAAACCAUGCAGUGUCCUCCGCAUUCCUACCCGCAAUCCCCUUUUUUCACUUGGAUUGUGAUCAAAUCCGC